ACUAUUUCUGACGGUAGUUUCGGCUGAGAUGCAGAAAUGUGAUUGGUCAUUUUGUUCACCCAAUGAGAAGACACCUGUGUUAGGAUUACGACGUGGACAUGGAUUUGAUUUUUGCUGAUGAUCCUCGAGAGAUCCCUGUGUUUAAAUUAGGAAGAAAUUACCAAGCAGGCUGCAGCUGCAGUGGGUUCUCUUGCCGCUGAACUGAAAUUGUUACCCAGACAGAUCGAGCUUCGGUAUCACACGUUGUGCUUCUACUGUAGAGAGACCAUGGCAGUUGGUCUUUUGAGUCUCGUCCUGAUAGUUUUUGCCGUUUCUAGCACUGCUGUUUCACCUCCAGGGGUGGGUGAGGGUAGUGUGCGUUUGGUCGAUGGACCUACUGAACUGGAGGGUCGCGUAGAGAUCUUCCACAACAGCGUCUGGACUCCGGUAUGCGACACUGCCUUCGGCAAUGAAGAGGCCGAGGUUGUUUGCCGCCAGUUAGGAUUCGACGCUGCCAUCGGGCACCAGUGCUGCUCACGGUAUGGAUUUGGCACAGUCCCCGGCGUCUUCGGCAGUCUGGACUGUACUGGCGGGGAGAACGACCUCCUUUCCUGUCAACAUUCUGAUCCAGGACAAAGUGGCUGCGGUAGCUGGGGCCACGCAGGUGUUCUUUGUAGAAGAGAACUCACACCAUGUCCACUUCCUACUGGUCCAAGUAUUGACUGGGAUGCAGUGUAUCAGUGUGAACUUCCCUACUUCCAAGAGUACAUUAAUGGGCAACAUAUUUAUCCUCAAGUUCCCGGUGAGCUCAUGCCUUUUCUUACAGCAGCAAACACGCUCGACGCUAGUGCUGCUAUUUGGGAAUCCUCUGGCCUUGUCGAAGGAAUGGGCGACUUUUGCCACUUGGUAGCGCCACGUUUAACAGCAGCAAUAGGCCCUGAUUUAUUCCGGGGUAUAUGCGACCCCGUGCUGGCAGCUUUGGAGAGUGGAACUUCCUUCGAUGGCGAACAGAUGUGCACACUAAUCUACUCAAUCAUAUCACAAGAAUCCUUCAACCCGUAUCCUUCAACGACUGAGACCCCUCCUACACCAAGUACUCAAAGCCGUUCGACACCAGGGUAUCUCCCCAUUGGCUUCCCAUCUUUCCUCGAACCCAUAACUCCAUUCAUUUGUGUUUACCCCUUACCAUCUUUUGGACCAAGCUACGCAUUGUUGGAUGGCCCACCUUUGGGCAUUGAAGGUCUUCGAAACUUUGACCCCGUAUCUAUAUUGACUCAAGCUGUCGAAAAUGUACUGGACAUCACCACGCUCGAUCAGGACAGUGUAUGCUCGGCAGUGGGUCGCUUGACGAGUGAAGACAUCCCACCACGCGACCUUGCCACCGAGUUCAUGGUGGAAAUCCUGGCAGGCUUCAUCCCAAUCGCCUCAGAGAUCUGCGACAACUGGGACGACUUCGUUCAAACCAUUCGCGACGAUCUCGUUGAUACUCCUGGGGUCAAUGUUGAAAUUUUGACAAACGUUCUACCGGAUCUCAUUGCUUUCAUAGUAGACUUUCCAAACAGGGAAUCGCUUUGUGAUUACAUACAUACCAUCUCUUGGGAUGAAGCCGUGAUUGACGGUGCAGGACAACUGGUUGAAAAUUUCCUUACUGUCCUCACAGAUAACCAGAAAUGCAUAGAUGUUGUUCAGAGUACUCUUGGAGUGGUUACUGGCGUCGUAGAAGGUAUUUCCAUGGAAGAGCUCGAGAAUGUCUAUAUUCCCCUGUACUCUGGGUUUGGCGAUGUCCAUGACAUGUGCCUUUAUAUGGCUACCUCCUUCAGUCAAAGAUCAACUCCACUUCCGGUUCGACUGGUUGACGGUGACACUCCUAACGAUGGACGAGUAGAAGUACAAUACAACGGUGCGUGGGGAACCGUCUGCAGCAAUGGAUUCGACGGUGAGGGCGCCACAGUUGUGUGCAGGCAACUUGGAUACAGAGGGGAAUCGUCCGUUGUUCCUAGGGGUCAGAACCUUGGCACGGGGGAUAUCUUACUGAGCAACGUGGAGUGUAUGGGAGUCGAGCUUAGCAUCGUCCAAUGUCCCCAUGAAGGGGACCCUCUGAACCCUGUCUAUGAUUGCAACCACAAUCAAGAUGUCAGUGUUAGUUGCAGUCUUGAAGUCGUGCCACCAUCUAUACCACCAACCAUACCACCUACACCACCUACGACAGACAGUCACUUCGAGAUGCGACUAGUUGGUGGCAACACGGAGAACGAGGGACGUCUCGAGGUAUUCUACAAAGGCCAGUGGGGUACAGUCUGUGAUGAUUACUGGGAUUCGGAAGCGACAGAUGUUGCCUGCCGAGCUCUUGGCUUCCAGGGCGGUGAAAGAUACGAUUGUUGUGCGGAAUACGGUCGCGGCAGCGGUCGGAUCAUCCUUGAUGACGUAGAAUGUUCUGGAACUGAAGAUAGCAUUAUAUCGUGUGAUCAUAAUCCACCAUUCGAACAUAACUGCGGCCACUCAGAAGACAUCGGAAUUACAUGUACACCCCGAUGUGAAGGUGACUUGGAGUUCCAGACAUGUGGUUCAUCAUGCCCGCUUAUAUGUAAUGACCAGGAACCGCAGAUCUGUCCACGUAUCUGUGUGCAGGAAUGUCAAUGUCCAGGAGGGCUGUUCCGGGUCUCAGAAGACGAUACUCGUUGCGUCCCACAGGACGAAUGUCCACUGCCCGUACGUCUUGUAGGCGGAAGCACCAGCGCUGAAGGGAGGGUCGAGGUUCUACACGAUGGCGAGUGGGGCACUAUCUGUGAUGACAAGUGGGAUAUCAACGAUGCUUAUGUUGUCUGCAGAAUGCUUGGGUUCCCACGCGCUGCUCGUGCCCCGAUCAGGGCAUAUUUUGGACAAGGUACUGGCCCCAUCACGCUCGACAACGUUGACUGUUCAGGAAGGGAAUCGUCCAUCUUCGACUGUAAAAACAGCGGCUUUGGUGUUCACAACUGUGGCCAUAACGAGGACGCAUCUGUGAUUUGUAUGCUCCAAGCCCCUCUUGAAGUGCGUCUAGCAGGUGGAAACGGCCACUCGACCGGAAGGGUAGAGAUUCGCUACAAAGGAGUCUGGGGAACGAUCUGCGAUGACCUCUGGGAUUUGAACGAUGCUGCUGUAGUCUGUAGAAUGCUGGGUUUCCCAAGAGCUCUCCGCGCUCCAGGAAGGGCUUAUUUCGGAGGAGGAAGCGGUCAGAUCCUACUCGAUGACGUCAACUGCGCUGGAGACGAGGAGACACUCUCUCAAUGCAGUCACCCAGGAUAUUCUGAUCAUAACUGUGUUCACGCUGAAGACGCUGGCGUCGUUUGCUCCCCAUGACUUCGUAGCUAACCAUGAUUUUCUUUCCCACCAUGAUUGUGUCGAAUCAUCUCCUCCAUUAAACAUAACAUUUUGUAUUUCUAUAGCGUUCAGCACAUUGGAAAGGGUCUGCGUCUUCAUUUACUACAGAAUUUUAUAUCCUUAUAAUCAGCCGGGGUAGUUUGGUUAAUGGUAUGAUCCUUCUGUUGUUUUUCAAAAUAUAUUUAGCAUGGGUUUGUCUUUUUUUGUGAUAAAACGUUGUGGAUGUGAGUAAUAUGGAUCGUGCAAUUACCAUUGGUCUUAUACAUCAUACUUGGUCUAAUAUCUAUUAGGAUACAUCAGUCGACUUUUACGAACUAUAAAUCCGUUAACGCUAUUCAAACUAGCAGAAAUAUAUGAACACUUGCUUCAUUGUGGAGGAGCCGUGGUGUAGUGGUUCUGACUCUCGCCUUGUAAACAGAGGUUCGUGUGUUCGAAUCCCACCGCGGUCUGGCGUCCUUUGGCAAGGCGUUAAUCCACACUUUGCCAUUCUCGACCCAGGUGCUAAAUGGGUACCCGGUAGGAUGUGAAAGUCAUUGUAGCUUGUCAAGUACUGUGUGCGCCUCACCGGCGACUGACUGGAAUACUCCCCAGGGAGUGGAGGAUGUGCACACAUUGUGUGCGGGAAUGACUGAUUGAAUACGAUGACCGGGGUAAUAAUAUAUCUGUAAAGCGCUUCGACACGUCGUUCCGAUGUAUUAAGCGCUAUAUAAAAAACGGAUUAUUAUUUAAGGAGUGUUACAAAGAUCUUUAGUAAUUAUCAUGAAAACGUGUGCCUGUGCAGCUCCAAAUGCCUUUGACAUUUUUAGAAUAUGUGUAUCUUUAUAAAGUCAAAGGUGCAAAUAAGUUUUCACUCUUAUUCUAAAUAGGGUCAAUUGAUAAACAUUCCAUAUCUUUAAUUGCAUAUCCAUAAUCCUUUCUUACUCUUUAUCCGCUUGUUUAUUCAAACUUUGAUGUUGUACUCUAAAAUCUAACGGUAAAAGAGUUUUGGGCAAUGGGAUUCGUGUGCUUCGUAUUCGGUGUCUUACCGUUUUAAUUUGAAUCAUGUGCACGUAGUAAUUUGUAGUGUGUAAGCUUUAAGUAAUAUUCUGGUAUACUUUUCAAAAAAGAUUUUCAAAACGUUUAUUAAAAUACUUUAUGGGAAAAAAUAAACGAUUGAAGCUGUGUUAAUUAUUACAUGUUCUGUCUUUAACAUAAUUUUUUCUAUAAAUCUUGCAACCUUAUAUAGUAAUGGGGGAUUCUGUAGGCGGUCAGUGCACUGUAUCGGCACUUCCUACAUGCCAUAUGGUUAUUGCCAAAAAAGAACACCCAAAAAAACACCUUUUAAGAAAGUAAAUAGGUUUAUCCGUGUAAGGGGUAUUUUUUUUACAAUUUGGUUUGGACAUUGUCGUCAAUUUAUGCAAUAAAAUACGUUCUCCAUUUUUUUCAAAAAUAACGUUUUCAAAGCGUUUAUAAAAAAAAUCUUUAUGGGAAAAGAUAAACGUUUGAAGUUGUGCAUUGAUUAUUACAUGUUCGUUUUUAGCAGUUUCUGUUCUUAUAAGUCUUGUAAUUUUAUAUGGUAAUGGGGGAUUUUGUAGAAGGUCAGUGCGCUGUAUCGACACUCCCUACAUUCCAUAUUAUGGUUAUUGCCAAAAACAAAUGAAGAAGCUAAAUAGGUUUAUCCGUGCAAAGCAUAAAGUACGAAGUUGUUGUUACAAUUUGGUUUGGAUAUUGUCGUCAAUUUGUGCAAUGAAUUACGUUUUCCAUUAAAAAUGUACUUUUUCGCAAUCACGACAAUUUACCUCUUUGAAGAAUCUGUCAAACACGGCCUGGCAAACGAAGUCUACAAAAAGCAUGUAAAAUGUCACGAUUGUGAAAAGGGACGUUUUCUUAUAUCAUCAAAUCAAUCACAUUAAUAUUUUCAAUCUGUGUAGUAUGGUUCUCAUUGUUUUAUUGUUUUAUUCGAUGAUAAAGGGCACGCCAAUUAUUCUAUUUUUAA